ACUUUCGAAGCCUCUUGACACGUCAAAAUAUUAUAGCACAAACCUGCGAGAAUUGUUGGGCACUUUCUAUGUGCUUUCAUCGUGGAAUUUAGUGGAGAAAAUCGUGCUUAAUAUGAUUAGAGACUACCUGAUAGUUGCAUGUAUCCUGAGUUGUAUCGCAGCCCCCGCCAAUGCGUACUUUGUCACAGUUGACGCGCACUCGGAGGAGUGCUUCUUCGAUCGCGUGGAGGCCGGAACGAAGAUGGGGCUGAUCUUCGAGACGGUGGAGGGUGGAUUUCUGGACAUUGACGUGCGCAUCACGGAUCCGGAGGGGAAAAUCAUCUACCAUGGCGUUCGGGAGUCUUCCGGGAAGUACACCUUCGCCGCUCACGUUAGCGGCAAUUACAAUUACUGCUUCAGCAACCAAAUGUCCACGAUGACCCCCAAAGUGGUGAUGUUCUCGAUGGACAUCGGCGAGACACCCAAGACGAACGGCAGCCAGGGCGGGGCGCCCGAGGGAGACGCCGACACAAGCCAUACAAAGCUCGACGAUAUGAUCAAGGAAUUGUCGGGCACACUCACCAGUAUCAAGCACGAGCAGGAGUACAUGCAUAUGCGCGACAGAAUUCACAGGAACAUCAACGACAGCACGAACUUCCGCGUCGUCAUGUGGUCAACAUUUGAGGCGCUGGUCCUCAUUGUGAUGACCCUCGGGCAAAUCUACUACUUAAAGCGAUUCUUCGAGGUGAGGCGCGUUGUGUAAGCCAGACGAUCAUCUUCUUUGGGUAUUUAAUUUAAAACAGAGGAAAUGUGUGAAGAAAUGUUUCUACACUCUCAA